CAAUGGCUCAUAUUGUUCCACGUCACCCACCAGUAACAACCCUCUUUUUGAUUUGAUGAACAAAGAAAGAUUCUUCUAUAAAGAAGAUAUUUUCAGCGUUUUUCGCGGUUUUGAAAAAUCUUUAUCCACCUAAGAAUGAGCUUAUUGGAGAAUGAAUGAAGAAAUUGAAUUAAUAAGAAAAAUGAAUGAAAUAGAAGAGAAGAAGAAGAAAGAGGACGGUGUAUUUAGAUGGGAAAUGUUUCUACCAAGAAAAAAUGUUACUGUUCUUCUUGUUGAAUCUGAUCGUGCUACUCGGAGGUUAAUUACUUCACUUCUAAAUAAUUGCCAUUACAAAGUUAUUGCGGUUUCUAAUGGAUCAAAAGCAUGGGAGAUGAUGAAGAUGAAGGCAAUUGACGUUGAUCUCGUAUUAACAGAAAUGGAGUUGCCGGCAAUAUCUGGAUUUGCACUUCUUUCGUUAAUUAUGGAGCAUGAAAUUGGCAGAAAUAUUCCUGUUAUAAUGAUGUCUUCUCGUGAUUCACGUAGCACGGUAAUGAAGUGCAUGUGUAGAGGUGCAGCUGAUUUUCUUAUCAAACCUGUUCGGAAGAAUGAGCUUACGAACUUAUGGCAGCAUGUCUGGAGAAAGCACGUUAUUAGCAGGCCUCUCCAAAAUACAACAUCUGCACAAAGUAACCUUAAAAUUGCGACAGAAGACAAUUUUCCUCGCAGCCAAUCGACUGAUUCUGCUUCUGUGGCUUCCUCACAGAAAAAUAAUGAAUGCAGUGAGAAAUUGAGCAAGUCUCAAAGCACAUGUGCAAUGCCAUUUUCUGAUGCUAAGAAUCUAUACAUGGAUAAUAUGCAAAAGCCCUGUCAGAUGAAGAGUUCUGUGAAAUUACGCAACAUUGAUGUGUUGAAGCAUGCAGAGUCUAACAAAAUUGAAAGAGGAUCAACUAAGCAAAAUGAUGAAACAGGAGAUUCAAGGCUAGAACAAGACUGCAGUACUGCUGAAAUUGAACCCAAAUGUGAAAUAUUUAAAGCUGAGUCAAGCAGAGAGAACCCCGAUAUUGAUACCGAGAUACGUGAAUGUAGUAAUGAACUGAUAGAACCUUCUAGCAGAGCUGUCGACUUGAUUUCCACAUUUGGGAAUCUCCAUAAGCGCACUAAGGAAAUCCAUGUUACUAAUGGGGAUAAAGAAACCAAGUUUGAUUUUGAAAAAGAACUGGAGCUUUCUUUAAGAAGUGAUUUUUCUGGCAGCUCAUGCAAACAAGCAAGUGAAACAACUGAGGAGUGGCAAAGAUUGAACCACUCAAAUGCUUCUGCCUUUUCUCGGUACGAUGGCAGUAAGAUGUUGCAGCAACUUCUUCAAAACUCCAAUUGGAAUUCUAAUAAGUCUCAGGAACUAUCUGUAGUUACUGCUGGUAAUUGUUUUCAGUAUGCUGGCUCAAUUAAAAUGGAAAAUAUGACCACUGCAGUCAUGGCUCAGUAUGAACAACUUGGACUCUCAGCUGAUAAUGUUUUCCAUCACAUGUUGACUCCUAAAUCAAAUUGCCAAAAAGAGAGCUCUCCCUUUCCAUCAAGUUCCUCCUCCCAGUCCAAUCCUGAAAGUCACAAUUCAGAACAUGAUCAUAAUUGCUGUUAUGACGCUAACUACAGUUUUCACAACCAAAACCUUACUGAAAAAACUGAUUUGGAUCAUGCAGUGCAUGAUUCUCCUAGUGCUGGUCAGGGUUUUGGCAAUGACUUUUGUCAUGCUUCAAAUCAUAUUAAUAGUCGUGGCAAUGUUGGAGAGGCUAUUUCAAAUGCGGUUACUAAGAAUUCAAGAACUUCUAGUGAUGGUAGGCGCUAUAAUCAUAGUAAUUAUGAUUAUGAUUGUGAUGAUGACGAUUAUGAAUUUAGAUUGAGUGAUUCUCAUCGCUCUCGUCAAAGAGAAGCAGCUCUAACAAAGUUUCGAUUAAAGCGAAAAGAGAGAUGCUUCGAGAAAAAGGUUCGAUAUCAGAGUCGGAAAAAACAGGCAGAGCAGCGUCUUCGGGUUAAAGGGCAGUUUGUACGCAAAGUACAAAAUGAUGAUCAUCCAAAUGUAGAUAGUGGUGAUCAAUGAAACUUUGCUCUUUUUAACUUACAUUGGUAUUAAAUUACCAUUGACUUUAGCACUGAUUUUUGCUCACAAGGAUUAGACUAGGGGUGAAGUGUGUACAGUGAAAUAAUCUGUUUUUUCUUGAAGCAUUAAGCAGUCCUAAAAGCAGAAGUGUGAUAACAAAAGGGUACUGUUAAACAUUCUAAGGGUUUUCUUCUGGUUUUUUUCCUUUUCUUCUGAUUGAUGCAUUUAAAUUUUGAAUUGUAAAUAUUUAGUGGGAUUACUCUGCAGUUUGAUUGCAGCUAUUUAUAUCUUUUCUUGGUUCAACACUAUUAUGGUCAGGUAAUAGGGUUUAGUCUCAGUUUGAAAAUAUUCAGUUAAGCAGCAAUUGUUUCGUAAUCUUGAACAUGUUUAAACUCAAUUGACUCUUAAAUACAUCCUCUCCUGUUAAAUAAA